CUUAUUAUUAAUGACACGUGUUCUCACAAUCUUCAGAGUGGUUGAGCCUCUUUGAGCUUUGCAAUGGAGGGUCUGAAGUUUUUUUUCUGCCUUUUUUGGAUGCAUUCAGCAGAGACUGUAUUUUCGCAGCAUGUGCAAGGAUUUUUCCAAAACAUCCUGCCUUUUCCGUUUGAAAUAAGCAACGAUUUGGACCCCUUUGAUAGCAUCUUCAGCUCCUGGAGGACCACGAUUCCAGACUUUGAAAUGUUUGCAGAUCUCUCUCCUCUAAUGAAUGUUCCGGAGGUCCAAGUUUAUUGUGACGAAAGUGAACUAAUACUGCUGGUGGACAAAAAUGUGGGUGAUGUCACUCUCAGCAGAGGAGAGAUCCAGUUGGGUGACGGCUGCUACAGUAACAGUGAGCUACCAAACCAGCUGAUGUUCACUUACAGCUUUGAUCUGUGUGGAACAAGUCAUGAAAUGCGGAAUGGCUUGGAUGUGCUCUCCAAUGCUCUCCACUUUAAUUCCAGGAGGCUCACACCUUCUACUGUGCAUGUUUCCUGUGUCCCAAAUAGGCCAAAAGCUCCUAGUCUACCUGACUCUGCAGUACUUCCUAAUCAUGGCAGACACUUUAGCAUACAGGCCAUGACAUCUUCGUGGACAAGACCAACCGAGUCCAACAUCUACACACGAGGACAAGUCAUCAAUAUGGAAGUGUCUGCUAAAAUCAGGCCUCACCAGCGUCUAUUCAUAAAGUCAUGCUUUGUUUCCUCAUCGCCGCAGCCUCACACUAAACUUCGCCAUGCAGUCAUCCUCAAUAAGGGGUGCACAGUCCCACUGGACUCACUUUAUCCUGCAGCACAAUUUAUUGAGUCUCAUUAUUUAAAUGUGGUGAAGUUUGCACUGAACACAACUUAUUUAAUUUCAGAGAUGUACGUCCACUGCACUGUGCUCGUGUCGGACCAGAAGAUAACAAAUGGGUCUAAAUCCUGCAACUUUGACUUGGUCAACUCCAGGUGGCAAGAACUUAGUGGAAAUGUGGAGGUGUGCAGCUGCUGUACCUCUAAGUGUAAAAGCCAGUCAUUUCAGCACACACCUCAUGAUGCAAAGGCUGUUGUCAGCACUGGUCCAUUUGUCAUUGCGGAGAUGGAAGAAAAACCAGCGCCAUCAGACUUGGAACUAGAUUGGAACUCCAUGCAAUCUGACUCUGCAGCACCGGAAGAGAGGACCUCUGAACCCCAGUGGUCUUCACCAAUGGGCGUUAUAAGGCAAGACCCCAUCGGCAGCCUGAAAUUAGUGUUGCCUGAACCGAUGCAACAUGGUGGCAAUGAUGCUUCACAACUAACAGGUGACAGUUCACUGAAUGAACUACAGCGGGAGAUUAACCCGAGCAAUGUGAAAGGUCAAAGUGCAAACGGGCCCUUGUACAAACCUCUGCUGCUUGAGAAGACUGACAAGGGCCAUGCAAAAUAUACUCAACACCAAAAGAGAACCAACAACGUGCUGCCAAUAAUUCACUCCAAAAUUCAGUUGUCCAAAAGCUCAGAUGGCUCCCAGACUUUGAGUUUUGAAGAGAUAGCAGCACAGGAUGGAGGUAAAACCAAAAGACUUGAAGCUGAGAGUGAAUGGAAGUCACGACACAAGCGACUGCUUUCUAUAUUUCGAGAUUUGUUGAGGCGGAUGCAUAAAGCAGAGUAACUGCACCUUCAAAGGCAAAUAAAUAUAUUAACGCUUCA